AUGUUGACCGUUGCUUUCCUAAAGUGUGUCCUUUGUUCGCUGCAAGAAGAUUGCAUGGCCCCGAAAAAUGCCAGCCUCGCAUGUCUGUUUCGUGAUCGAUACCGUGACUAUGUCGGCAACUGCCAUCGUUACGACCAAUCAGUACUCAACUUGCUUCUAGCGAAUCGUAACUGUUUCAACAGCUACUUUUGGACCAGCGGAAUAACGAAUUUCUUUCGAAUCGAGCGCUUCCAAACUUCUGUUUCGUUGCCUAUUCUUUGUUGA